AUGGAGAGUGCCCACAAAUCUUCAUCUUAUUUUAACAUGAAAGCUCUUAUUCUAAAUUUCAUCAUGCGAAUAAAGAAGCUCGGAAAAGACGAUCCAAGAAGAAUUGUGCACUCGUUCAAGGUGGCACUAGCCAUCACAUUGGUCUCCAUGGUUUACUAUCUUAGACCAUUAUAUAAAGGCAUAGGUGACAAUGGUGUAUGGGCUAUCUUGACCGUGGUAGUCGUGUUUGAGUUCUCAGCCGGUGCAACCUUAUGCAAGGGUAUGAAUAGAGGUUUUGCCACUUUACUAGCUGGUGCACUAGGCGUUGGGGCCAAUUACUUGGCUAGCCUAUUUGGCACAAAAGUUGAGCCCAUUGUUCUUGGAUGUCUUGUCUUUCUUCUAGUUGCGUCUGCCACAUUUUCAAGAUUUAUACCUCACAUAAAAAAGAGAUAUGACUACGGGGUGUUGAUAUUUAUCCUCACAUUCAGUCUGGUCGUUGUUUCGGGUUAUCGUGUUGAUAAAAUCUUAGAGCUGGCACACCAACGACUCUCGACAAUCCUCAUAGGUGGUGCAACUUGUAUUGUCAUCUCCAUAUGUGUUUGCCCUGUAUGGGCUGGGGAAGAUCUUCAUAACCUUAUUGUUUCCAAUUUGGAAAAGCUUGCUAGCUUCUUAGAAGGAUUUGGAGGAGAAAUUUUUGAACUUCCAUUAGAGGAAGAUAUUGUUGUUAGCUCUAAUGAACCUGACAAAUCAUUUCUUACGGCUUACAAAAGUGUUCUUAAUUCUAAAGCAACCGAGGAAUCACUGGCAAAUUUUGCGUGGUGGGAACCAGGACAUGGAAAAUUUCGGUUUAGUCAUCCUUGGAAACAAUACUUGAAGAUUGGGGUUCUUAUGCGGCAAUGUGGAUACCACAUUGAAGCUCUUAAUGCAUAUCUUGAUGAAAAGUUCCAAGCAUCUUCGGAGUUUAGUAAAAGAGUUCAAGAACCUUGCACAAAAAUGAGCUCCGAGGCCGGAAAAGCUUUGAAAGAAUUAGCACAAUCAGUGAAAUCAUUCACAAGUCCUCCAAAUUGCUCUAUGCAUCUACAAACAUGUAAAAAGGCGGUAGAUGAAGUGAAUACGACGUUGAAAGCUUCAAUGGUCGGAGAAUUAGACGUUCUAGAAAUAAUACCGAUUAUCACAGUCGCUUCGAUUCUAAUUGAGAUAGUUAAAUGUGUGGAGACAAUCUUUGUGGCCAUUGAAGAACUAUCUGAACAAGCCCAUUUCAAAGACUUAUUGAAUGAUGGUGAAAAAUCACAGGUUCAUCAUGGUGGAGCUGUAGCAUCUGUGGAUGAUGAUGAUGAAGAAGAAGAUAAAGAUUUUGUUAAAGUAAUUAUACACAAGAUUACUUCAGAUUCACGAAAAAUUGAGGACAAUCGGGGUUGAGAAAACUACAUGGAGAUAAGUUACAUUGUGUACAUUAAAAAUUAGUGUAGUAUAAACUGUUUUUUAGCAUAACUCUUUUGCAUAAUACGAGAUCAAUAAAAUUUGGUUUUGUUAA